UGAAGUUGGACACUGGAUCGUUCAGUAACGACCUGAUUUAACUUGUUGACUUUCAGCGGGACGGAGUUGAACCGUCAGUCGGAGCUUCACUUCACUUCCGCUCAGCCUCCUGUCACACCUCAACUCCCGCCAUCAGACUGAAUCACUCCAACAUUGCCACAGCCGUUGAGAUGCCUUUUAUCGAGCACGUAUCGGACGCGGACCUGGAGCGUUUGGCUCUGGAGCGGGUCGUCCCGGCCCUGCUGUCUCACGGCUUCUGCUAUGUGGACGGUCUCCUCGGGGAGCUGGCCGGGGACGCGGUGCUGGAGCAGGUGAAGGAGAUGCACCGGUCCGGGGCGCUGCAAGACGGCCGGCUGGCCGGCUCCGUGCGCGGCACCCACCGCAAGAGCAUCCGCGGGGACAAGAUCGCCUGGGUGAGCGGGUCGGAGCGCGGCUGCGAGGCGAUCAGCUUCCUGCUCAACCUCAUCGAUAAGCUCAUCUCCGUGUGCGUGAGCCGGCUCGGCGGCAAGGCGAUCCGGGAGAGGUCGAAGGCCAUGGUGGCGUGUUACCCGGGAAACGGCGCCGGUUACGUCAAACACGUGGACAACCCCAACUCUGACGGACGCUGCAUCACCUGCAUCUACUACCUGAACAAGAACUGGAACGCCACGGAGCACGGUGGCGUCCUCAGGAUCUUUCCUGAAGGGAAAUCCUACGUGGCCGACAUCAAACCGCUUUUUGACCGGCUGCUCUUCUUCUGGUCCGACCGCCGGAACCCACACGAGGUGCAGCCCUCCUACUCCACCAGGUACGCCAUCACAGUCUGGUAUUUUGAUUCUGAGGAGAGAGCCGAGGCCAAGAGGCGCUUCAGAGACUUGACAGCGUCCACUGGGCAGCAGGGCAGCAGCUCCGGCUGAUUGUGAGGAAACGUCGCCACCUGGUGUUCGUCACCUUGAACUGCAGGACAGG